AUGAAUGACUAUGAUAAGACGGUGGUUCCCUCGAAUGAGAGUGUCGUUGUGAGUGUCGAGUUGACGGUGCAGGAUAUCUCGUCGAUCUCCGAAAUCACUUCCUCAUUCAUUGCCGACGUCUGGUUUUCACAAGUGUGGACCGAUGCGAGACUGGAGUACAAAAAUUUCUCGUGCAAAUCCAAUCUCUCGUUGGACUCAUCGGUGAGCGAAAAACUCUGGACACCGAAUGUCUGCUUUGUGAACAGUAAAAAGACCGAAGUGCACAAAAGUCCAGCAUCAAAUGUUCUUUUGAUCAUUUACCCGAAUGGCACUGUUUGGCUGAAUUAUCGAGUCCGGGUCGAGGGCCCUUGCCGUUUUCAUUUGGCGAAUUUUCCUAUUGAUAAUCAGGAAUGCACGCUAAUCUUCGAAUCGUAUUCGUACAAUGUGGCCGAAGUGCGAUUGAAAUGGCAAGAGUGGAGUCCAGUGACAAUGCCACCGCCUGAUGAUUUCCGAUUACCCGAUUUCCAAUUCUAUAAUGUCACCUGGGGCAUGACGUCGAAUGAGUACACGGCUGGGAUGUGGGAUCAAUUGGAAGUCACGUUUCGCUUUAAACGACUUUAUGGGUAUUAUGUGCUUCAAAUGUAUCUCCCAACAUAUCUCUCCGUGUUCAUCUCGUGGAUCGCUUUCUGGGUCGACACAAGGGCCCUCCCCGCUCGAAUCACUCUCGGUGUGAGCUCAUUGAUGGCAUUGACAUUCCAGUUUGGUAACAUUGUGAAGAAUCUCCCGCGUGUCUCCUUUGUGAAAGCGAUCGAUUUGUGGUUUUUCGUGUGCGUGGCGUUUAUUUUCUUUUCGCUGGUCGAGUUAGCUGUGGUUGGAUUCGUCGACAAAAUCACUGAAAUUCGAAUACGUGCUCAACGAAUGCAGCGUUACAAAGCGGCUCGUGGGAUUUCCGCUUGUAAAAAACUACGCACGGAUGACGUGCGCAUCCCGAUCGCUCCAGUGCAUCGAAGGACCUCAACCACGUGUCCACUCGCCAAGCAGGAUUCCUCGAUUCGUUUCAGUCAUCUCAACAAUAAUGAUGAGGAAUGGAAAUGCACAAUAAAUGGCGACUCGGAGCGCAGCGGCUCCCUCGGCACACUCGGCUACCCGAUGAUCGGCAGAAAUCAGACAGCUUCCGAUGUGGGCGCCAGGGUGGAUGCGAUUGCGGCGAAGACUUUCCCAGCUUUGUUCGCAUUUUUCAAUGUUCUCUACUGGUGGUACUACUUGAGUCGGGAGCGAUCG